AUGUCCGGCGCCUUCACCAUGCCGCACGCCCUCACAGGUGGGGCGGGCUACAAGGCCAAUCCGACGUACGAUGAGUUCCUGCGCAAACACAGCGGGUUUUACCGACGUCACAGUGCCGCGUCCAAUGCCUUGGAGACUGACCGACGAGCCUCCCAAGCAGCGCUCGACGAGCACGCCGCAGCCGCUGCCCAGGCCGUCCAAAACGUUGCAGCCGAUGGUGCACAUCGCAGAGGGAGCGUCGUGGUCGCAGAAGGAGGCGCGGCAACGGCAAACUCCAGGAAGGGCAGCGUGGCCGUCGCCAGCGACGUCACCCGCAAAGACAGCAUCUUUGGACUGGAGGCCACCGGUGGCCGGAGAAUGUCGGAGCAGCGCAGGCCAAGCACCUCUCUUGCCAGUGAUUUGUUUCAUAAGAUCAAGGGAGAUAACAAGUGA